UGCUGGACAUUGGAGUAUUUCCGCCGAUGAGCCGCGCACCCUGAGGGGAGAUGGAUUUGGAGGUGAAGGAUGUGAAUGGGUCGAGAUGUUUGUCCCAGAAUGAGAGCGAGUGCGGACUGAGCGCGUCUCCAGCCGGAGUGCCCACUGCGCUGGCCAGCGUGCUGAUCUUUACCAUCGUGGUGGACAUUCUGGGAAAUGUCCUCGUCAUCCUGUCUGUGUUUAGGAAUAAAAAGCUGAGGAAUGCAGGGAACAUCUUUGUGGUGAGUUUGUCCGUAGCCGACCUGGUGGUGGCCUUGUACCCAUACCCUCUGGUCCUGACUGCCAUCUUCCACAAUGACUGGACCAUGGGAGACCUUCAUUGUCAGGCCAGCGGCUUCAUAAUGGGCCUGAGCGUCAUUGGCUCAAUCUUCAACAUAACAGCCAUCGCUAUCAACCGCUACUGCUACAUCUGUCACAGCCUCCACUACGACCGCUUGUACAGCCUGAGAAACACCUGCUGUUACCUUGGCCUCACCUGGCUUCUCACUGCAAUCGCCACAGUGCCAAACUUCUUUGUCGGGUCGUUGCAGUACGAUCCACGUAUAUACUCCUGCACUUUCGCGCAGACGGUCAGCUCAUACUACACCAUAUCAGUGGUGGUUAUUCACUUCUUGAUCCCGCUGCUGGUGGUGUCCUACUGCUACAUGAGGAUAUGGGUGCUGGUUAUACAAGUGAAACAUCGCGUUAAACCAGAGCAAAGGACAAAACUGACACCUAGCGAUGUGAGGAACUUUCUGACUAUGUUUAUGGUGUUUGUGUUGUUUGCAGUAUGCUGGGCUCCGCUUAAUCUUAUUGGCCUAGCAGUAGCUAUAAACCCUGGAAAAGUAGCACCUCACAUACCUGAGUGGCUCUUUGUCACAAGUUACUUCAUGGCAUACUUCAACAGCUGUCUAAAUGCGAUCAUAUACGGACUUCUUAACCAGAACUUCCGUAAAGAAUACAAGACAAUUCUUCUGGCUGUUUGCCUCCCGCGUUUGCUCCUCAUAGAGACCUCCCGGUGUGCCACGGAGGGACUGAAGAGCAAGCCUUCACCAGCUGUGACAAACAAUAACUUUGCAGAGAUUAAUGUAUAAACCAGUGUUUUACCAGUAAACUUAGAUAAAGUUUCUCUGGAGCCUCUUGGAGGAAGUGUGAAUUGUCAUCCAUGGAGUGCCUUCUCACAAGACCUUUGUCUAGUUGUAAAGAUGUAAUAAUGAAGACACUGCAUCAGUCAUAUUGUGUUCUGUAAUGUCAGACUGUUCCCUCAGGUGGAGAAGAAAUGUAUCAUUGGUGACACAAGAACACACUGUGC